AAGAAAUAAUCUGAAACCUUUGUAUAAUGAGUGCAUCAGAAUUAGAAGAAAAGGUCAAAGCUAAGCGCUUCCGGGCAGCACCAACACAUCGUUGGAUCAGUGAGCAAACUAGAAGCCUUUUAGAGGAAGUGCGCGGAGAAAUAAAAGACCGCCCGGAGUCAUUUGAGAAGCCUAUUGCACAAAAAUUUUAUUCGAAAAUAUCUGCUAAGUGCCCUUUGCUCGCAAACAUUAAUUGGAAAGUGAUGAAAAGCAAAAUGCGCUAUUUAAAAGGAAUAUAUAUGGAGGCCGUGAGAUGGCGUAGUCAAACAGGAGCUGGAUUAAUUGAAAAUGGAGAAGAAGAAAGCGUCAAGGACUACAUUCAAAAUAUUUGUCCCUUCUUCGAAAUACUGGACGAGAUUUUUGGGCUCAGAAAGGGCGUGAACCCUACGGUUAUAAUUGAGAGUAGCAAUAUAGAAGUCCUCUAUGAAGACAACGAGGAGGUUUUUUUAUUUGAUAAUGUUGAUGAUAUUUCAAAUAGUUGCUCGUGUUCACGUAUAUCAGCCAGUACUCCUAUUCCGCCCGAUACUCCACAGCCAGACGUUCAUUUAUCACUGGAAUUAUCAUCGAACAAUGCAAGCAGCUUCAACGGCGACUCAGAGAUUGAGAAUUAA